AUGUUCACAUGGUCUAGAAGGUUGUACAAGCCGCUCCAAGAUGAUGACGGACGCGAAGACUCUGGCUCAUACAAGGCACCAAGUUCAAGAUUUUGGCCUAUCUGCUCUGCAUUUUUGCUGAGUAUUUGUCUAUUCCUACUGUUCUUGCUGCAGCAGAAAUCCUCCUGUGUGGGUAAUACCGACGUACAGUCUGUUUCAUCCAAAACAGAUUUCGAGCCGGCGAUUCCAGACAUACAAUAUCACCAAGUGCAAUUUGGAGGGAUAGUAUUGGAUGAAGGCACAUUUAAAAUCACGGGUGGCGCUGCCACUCGCCCUUUUGUAGGAACCUCAUAUCACGAAAUAGACGAGGCGUGGAAUGAGAUAUUAGAAAAAAGAUGGUUCAACCUCACAACCGAGGAAAAACACAAUGCUUUCGGCGAGAAGGCUGAAGAUUAUCUCGAUUUUGUGCAACUCGAUACCUUUCAUCUGCUUCAUUGUAUAAAUCACCUUAGAAAAGUCAUCGAUGCAGACUUCUACUAUCCGAAAGGGCUCCCUCCUCUUCGCGUCCAUACUGAAUCUGUGCAAUGCCAUGGCGACCUCACCCCGAUUCCAUACCGGCCAGACAAGAAGACUUCGUACUAUUAUAGCGACUCAAUCCAGGUCCAUACAUGUCGCAAUUUUGACACGCUGCGAAAUUGGCUAGCAAACAAGCGGGAGUCGUUUUCAAUCGACCCUUUCAAGCUUGAAUAGAUGUGACUUUAAGACAUAGUCACCAACAUCAUAGGCAAGCGGUCUGAGCCCACAUUAGGUGACAUGGUCGAUAUUCUCCCAAGAGGCUUGAGCAAUCCUCCAAAUCUUACUCUGUCAAUAAUAUGCGCUAUAUCCUUUAGCCCCACGCCAGGCGACAGGCCGGGCGACUUCCGGGAAGCAAAACAGAUGCAUCUUCCCCGCACGAGAUUGCGGGGAGAAGCACAUUCGGG